AUGGCCCAUGCAGAGACUGUCAGCUUUGGCGCAGAGCUCAAAGAUGGGUACAAGUCAACCGAUGCCUGGGUCGCCCACGGGAUUCAAUGGCUGGAGGAUAUCGAGCAGUUUUAUCGCGAGCGAGCCACCAUCGAGAAAGAUUACAGCGCAAAGUUGAACGGGUUGGCUAAAAAGUAUUUCGAAAAAAAGGCAAAGAAAUCGAGCAGUCUCAGUGUUGGUGAGACACCUAGCAUGACACCAGGCUCCUUGGAAUCUGCGUCCUUGACCACAUGGACAACCCAGUUGUCUACCCUUGAGAUCUGCGCCGCCGAGCAUGAUAGAUUCAGCCAAGACCUGGUCGGUCAGGUAGCCAAAGCUCUCGAGGUUUAUAGAGCACGAUUUGAAGAGUUGAGGAGGAGUCAUGCCGAUUAUCAGACGAAGCUUCUCAAGGAGAGGGACUCUUCUUACAGUGAAUUGAAGAAAACGAAGACAAAGUACGACAGCAUCUGUCAGGAAGUUGAGAAUCGACGGAAGAAGACUGAAUCAUCCUUCGAUUAUGGCAAACAAAAAGCACAGAAUGCCUAUCAACAACAAUUGGUUGAGAUGCACAAUCAGAAGAACACUUACCUGAUAGCAAUCAACGUUGCUAAUAAGUUGAAGGAAAAAUACUACCAUGAAUACGUUCCUGAGCUCCUUGACUCCCUCCAAGAUCUAUCAGAGACUAGGGUUGCCAAAUUGAACUCUGUUUGGACGCUUGCGGUGAAUCUCGAAACGACUGCUAUGCAACGAAGUAAAGAACAUCUAGAUCACUUGUCAAGAGAGAUACCACAUAACGAUCCUUCAUUAGACAGCAUGAUGUUUGUCAGACACAAUACGACACAAUGGACAGAUCCACCAGAUAUGGUAUUCGAGCCCAGUCCAGUCUGGCUGGACAACGAGUCGUUGGCUGUUGACGAGGCGUCCAGAACUUUCCUGCGCAAUAUGCUGGCAAAGUCGAAGCCGCUCGCGCGAGAAAUGAAAGCUGAAAUUGAUAAGAAAUCCAAAGAGGUUGAAAAUAUAAAACGUAUUAGGCAAAGCGUUCGAGAAGGGAGAGACAAACGUGACGAGGCUGAGCUCGUGAAGUCAUUAUUCUAUGUAUCUGAGGAAAAGCAUGCCAUGGAGAGGAAGCGCUUGACUGCAGAGAUUGAAGUUUCCACAAUCACUGCCGUAGUUGGCGACCUCAGUCUUGGAGCUAAGAAUCACCCGUUCAAAGCUGAAACAUUCAAGAUCCCAACGAACUGUGACUUGUGUGGAGAUAGAAUCUGGGGGCUUUCGGCGAAAGGGCAGCAUUGCAAAGAUUGCGGCUUUACCUGCCACAGCAAAUGCGAGAUGAAGGUUCCAGCUGAUUGUCCAGGUGAGCAGUCAAAGGAGGAGAAGAAGAAAUUGAAAGUAGAGAGACAAGAAGCCGCACAUGCUGCAAUGGCCGUUGAGGUUACCAGUCCCAACACCAACCGCCAUCCCGCCUCAGGUGGUCUGGCGCGGCAGGACACGAUGAGUUCUUUGUCAUCGGGAUACGCAACCAGCGCACAACGAUCUGUGUCAGGAUUACCUCCGCGAUCGGCAGGCUUGGGAGCGGAAGAGUCUGUAGCCCAGCCCAGAUCUCCCAUAGAUCCCGCUCCAGCGUCAAAGCCAGCUCCAGCACGAAGAAACCGUGUAGUUGCGCCUCCCCCUGCGGCUUAUGUUUCAGCUCCUCCACCUGAGCCCACUUCUUCAGAUGGGCCCAGCCGAGCACGUGGCAAAAUGAUAUACAGCUAUGAAGCUCGAGAUGAAGGAGAACUGUCGGUAAAGGAGGGAAAAGAUGUUACUAUUAUAGAACCUGAUGAUGGGGGUUGGACCAAAAUCAAGGCUGGACUAGGGCAGGAAGGUCUGGUACCCACGGCAUAUAUCGAAGAGUUGGCUCCGGAGCCCGAAGCGUCUUCCAUUGUGGAGCGACCUGUUUCAGUCUACUCUGACAGCUCAGCAACCUCCACAAAUAUUGCCAAGAAGAAAGGGCCUGCAGUAGCCCCUCGACGAGGAGCAAAGAAAAUCAAGUACUGUGAAGCUCUCUAUGCUUACACCGCCCAAAGUGAUGCAGAAUUUGACAUGCAAGAAGGUGACCGAUUCGAGUUGAUUUCCAUGGGAGGCGGAGACGGCUGGGCGGAUGUCGCGAAAGGUGGAGAGACCCGAAACGUUCCAGCCAAUUACAUACAGGAAUUAUGA